AUGGCGAUCAGAAAAGUUUACAAAAAACAUUUUGAUAUAGAAUUAGAACAUACGGAUCAACCAUUGCUUCAUGUACGUAAAAUAUCAAAAGUUAUGAAUUUUUUACAGCCUGUUCCAGGCUUUUUGCCAAUUUUGACUAAAGGUCGAACAGCUACAUAUGUGACACCAGAGUUUUGUAAACAGUAUCCUAUUCGAGCGUCUGUUUUUCGAUCUGCUCUCAUGCUACCUGCCAUUUUCACAAGGUUGGAUUCAUUACUUUUGGCUAUAGAAUUAAGAACUCAAUUAGACCUAGAUAUUAAAGAUGAUUACUUUUAG